UGAAUCAGCCGAAUCGUAGAUGUUCUCAUGGCAGACUUCUCUCCUCUGCGACCGAAAAGCAUUCAAUUUGGCGCAGCCGAGCAGAAGCGAUGCAUUCUCCCAGCAGGUAGCCAGUCUCGUGGUGCCGCAGGAUAUCCUACUGCAGAUGUUCCAUCUUCGUCCAAGGAGUCCAAGUCAAGCAGAUCUGCCGAACCUUUUGAGCUGCCAGAGAAUGUUGCGCACCGCCCAAGUGUCCUGCGGCAGAAUGGGGUGAGCAAUGAGGCCAAGAAAGGAACUACUGGAACACUGCGGGGAAGGAAGCGAAGGGCCGGUCUUACAGGUGAUGCAGAAUGCCAAGCAAAACCAAAGGCGAAGCGUUUGUGUUUGCGGCUCACUGGGCCAGAAAAAGCUGCGGCGCGGAGAAGAAGGCAGCAACUUGCGAAGAAAGCUGUUUGCAGACGGGUGGCCCUGUGGCGCUCCAGGAUGGUUGACGGCGAACAGCAAGUGAUUUACGUGAGCCUCAGUGGAGAUGUGUUGAAGAAAGGUGGCAGGGCAUUCAGAGUUGCCACUGCAGAUCAGAAAUACCUCAAGGUUCAUGGUGUUUUGAACCGACCAGCAAACUCCUCGAUUGAAGCGCCGGAGGAAAUUGAGCCAUAUGCGACUCGACGUGGAGACAAUCCACUGGAGCUUUCUUUUUGGUGCAUACCAGAGUCAGUGGAGGCCUGCUACCGUGAUGCUGGCAUUCGACGAUUGCACCAGUGGCAAGCUGAUUGCUUGAGCUGUCCAGAGGUGUUGUCCGGAAAAUCCUUGGUCUAUGUGGCGCCUACAAGUGCUGGAAAAUCCUUGGUUUCUGAGGUUCUGAUGCUGCGACAGCUUUUGUUCCGAGGGCGACGUGCUCUAGUUAUUCUGCCCUAUGUGUCGAUAUGCGAAGAGAGGCUCUCGCAGCUUCGUGCGACACACGGAGCCUGUGGUCUGCGCGUGGAAGGUUUGUAUUCCUCAUCAGAUGGGAAGUGGCAUACCGGAGCAGAUGUUGCAGUUUGCACAAUCGAGAAAGGCAGCACUCUCUUGAACCGCUUGCUGGAGGAUGACGCACUUCUUCGAGAUGUCGGGGUUGUUGUCGUUGAUGAGAUGCACUUGCUUGGCGAGGAGCACCGUGGCUACUUGCUAGAGUUGAUUUUGAUCAAGUCGAGAUUGAGUGCCAUGUCAAGCGCACCCACGUCGCAAGGCGGAGGUCUGCAGAUUAUCGGCCUCUCUGCAACCAUUCCCAACGUGCAACUCCUUGCGGACUGGCUUGAUGCCCAGCUCUACAUUUGCCACGAUCGACCUAUACCUCUUACGAUGUCAGUUGCGCCCAAGCAGGCCACAUCAAGUAUCCCAAGAGAUCCAGAUGGCCUAGUUCCUUUGGUUCAGGAGUGCGUUUGCACUGGUCAGUCCGUGCUAAUCUUUUGCGCUACAAAGGAUUGGUGUGAGAACGCUGCAGCACUCUUGGCGGAUGAGCUUCCAAAACUGUCAUGCGGAGGCACUCCCUUGCCAGGAACAAGCGAGGAAAACCAGACCAACAGGGCGCGGUUACUAGAAGAACUCAAGCAAGCGCCGGCGGGGCUUUGCCAAAUACUGGCUAAAACAGUGCCCAGCGGAGUGGCCUACCAUCAUGCAGGCCUCACCGUUGAGGAACGGCGGCUUCUUGAAGAGGCAUAUAGAAAGGGUGUGCUUUGCUGCCUGUGUGCAACUUCUACUCUCGCUGCAGGAGUGAAUCUUCCAGCCCGCCGAGUUAUCAUCCGCUCAUUGAAGGUUGGAAGUGAAGGUCUGGAUGCUGUUCGAUUUCGACAAAUGGCUGGGCGUGCUGGUCGUGUAGGCCUUGAUACCAAGGGUGAGUGCAUUGUCAUGACGAGAUCGGCAAAAGACAGGGAAGAGGCUCAUAGUCUUCUUGGUGCACAGUUGCAGCGACUGAAGUCCUCCUUGACAGGCCAGCGCCUGGUCAGAGCUGUGCUUGAAGUCGUGUCGUUGGGCUUGAUCCGUACAGUGGAGGAUCUCGAGGGACGAUUUGCAAGGAGUCUUCUGCGCUUUCAUGAAGAGAAGCCCAGUGAAGCCCAUGCACUGCUCUGUGGUAUGGCUGAGGUUCCUGCCCCACUUCUCAAUGAUAUACGAGAAGCCUUGUCCUACCUGAAGGCACAGAAACUGGUGAGAGGUGAUGAAGUUAGCGACAGCGACCGAACGGCCUUUGGCUCAUUUGGCUCACCUGUUGCAGGUUCCAGUCCUUGUCAGAGAAACCCUGCAAUGCUGAUGGCAACACCCCUUGGUGAUGGCGUUGUUCAUUCUGCUCUCCGUCCUGCCGAGGCCCUUAGUGUGUUUGAAGAUUUGCAACGCGCACGACAAGGCUUGUGUUUGGACUCUGAUUUGCAUCUCAUUUUCCUUGUGACACCAGCAACCAGCAUUGAGCCUGACUGGUCGCGGUACAUCUCUUACUAUGAGAAGCUCCAGCAGCGGGACAGAGCGGUAGCAAAUGCUGUUGGUGUCUCGCCUGACUUCCUUCUCAAGCAGUCAAUGGGGCACCGCGGGCCGCUGUCUUCCAGCAAUGAUUGGCGACAGGAUCGCGAGCGAGUAACGGCCUUGCAUCGACGCUUUUGGGCUGCCUUGGCUCUCCGGGAGUUGACAAUGGAGACAUCUGCCAGUCGGGUGGCAUCAGCCUUCGCUGCUUCCAGAGGAUCACUGCAGUCCCUGCAGAGUUUGGCCGCAACCUACUGUGGCAUGGUGAGACAACUGUGCGAGCGCUUGCGCUGGCAUGAAAUGGCUGCGCUUUUCGAUUGUUUGAUGCCUCGCUUGAACUUUGGCGUUUCAGCAGAGGCUUUGCCACUAUGUCGUAUUCCAGCAGUUUACCCUAGCCGAGCAAGAGCUCUGUUUCAGGCUGGCCUAUCCUCGGUGGAAGAGGUUGCAAAGUCAUCAGUCAUCACAAUCGAAGCUGCUUUGCGAAAGCUUUCUCAAUUCGAGUCAUGUCGUACUGAUGCAGAACUUGCGCAGCAUCAAGAGGCAGUCACUCGUCAGGCAGCUGUGAAAAUUCUUCAUGGUGCGCAGCAGUGCCUGAAUGAUGAUUUGCAGCAGUUGGAGGACGAAGCAGAAGAUGAACAUGCACGCAUUCAAAGAACAGCAUGACGAGUGCAAACAUGUCACAAGGCGAUGACAAUCUAGAAGGCGUGGGCCGUGUUGGGCCAUGCUUGGCCGCGUUGGUGAUGCCCACAACAGACGACACGUGCGUUUGUGGCAGUCACAUUGUUGGCCUUCUCGAGCCCAAAGCAUGCUGCUGCUAGAACGACGCUGCUCCACAAUGCAGAGGAGCUCAACAGGCAUUCUGACGUUCGAUCCGAGCCGUUCGAUCUGAGCCUGGCAUGGCUUUUGCAUUUCGGGUGUACUUCUACCAUCUUCUUCGAGCGAACACAUUCGCAUUAUUUCGGAUUUGUAUCAUUUCUCUUCCAGAUCUCCAAGAUCUGGGGAAAUACCUGAAAGAUCCUGAAAGGAUUUUCUGCAGAUAACAUGUACAGUGCAUCGGUCUGGACCUCAUAAAUUCGUUUCAUUCGGUCUUUGCCAAUUUGGUGAACGUAGCUGGUAUCCAAUUAAGCAGAAAUGCGGUAAUUAAAGCAGAGAAAUGCUUCUAGGGCGAAAAA